AUGAAGUUCACUACCGCUAUUACUUCCGCCGUGUUAGCGACUGGGGCCCUUGCAGCGCCCCGUCCGGGACUGGUCAACCGUCUUGAAGCUCGUGGAGUGCUGAAUCGCCAGUCUCAGCCAGCUCACAAAUUUGAUAACUCCGGCGACAAGAAUGGCAUUCUUCUUAAGGAGGGAUCCAGCUCCACCAAUGUGGAGUAUAGCAAGAACUGGGCGGGCGUAGUUCGUGAACAGCCGCCUGCCAGCGGGACCUAUACUGAAGUCUCGGCCACCUUCAAUGUGCCCGAGCCCACGGCCACCGACAACUCGGGUACCACCCAAGCUGUUUCCGCGUGGGUGGGCAUUGACGGGGACACCUACACCCAGGCCAUCCUGCAGACCGGCAUUGAUGCCUAUAUCUCUGGAGGGCAGACCUUCUUUGAUGCGUGGUACGAGUGGUACCCCAACGCCGCCGACAAUUUUGAUAUCGAGUUGACCGCCGGCGAUGUGAUCGUGGCUACGGUGAAGUCUUCCUCCCCGAGCCAUGGCAUCGCCAUUAUCGAGAACCAAUCUACCGGAGACAGUGUCACCAAGUCUCUCUCUGCGCCUUCCACCUCGGCUACUCUUGGCGGGCAGAAUGCCGAGUGGAUUGUCGAGGACUUCAACUCUGGCGAUAAUAUGGUGCCGCUGGCCGCCUUUGACACAAUUACCUUCAGUGGUGCCCAGGCCAAGGGAGCAGAUGGUGAAUAUGGUGUCAACAAUGCCUCUAUUCUGGACAUGCAGCAGAAUGGAGUAUUGCUCGCCGAGGUGGAGAUCCAGAGUGACACCCAGUUUACCGUGACCUAUAAGUAA